CUGCUGCCCCGCCCCGCUCCUUCCUUCCGGCGCGGCCCGGCCCCCCCUGCGCUCCGGCCCCGCACCUCCCGGCCCGGCUCGGACGCGAACUCCCAGCCCGGCGGCUGCCGCUGCCCGUGGUUCCCCGCGCGCAGCCCCGGCUCUGGGCCCGGGCCGCGCUGCCCCUCGGUCUGGUCCCUGCUCUGAGCUCCGCUGCGUGCCUGGAGCCUGCCCGGUGUGUGUCCCCUGUUCUGGGGAGUGUCUGCCCCCUGCUUCUCCGUGCCCAGCCCGGGGGACACUCUUUAUCCGUCCCCCCCAGUGGCCCCCCCUUCCGUGCCCAGCCCCUGCACGGAUUCCCGGAUCGUGCCCAUGGGCAUCGUCAGGUUGGCAGAUGUGAUUAAGGAGGAGGCUGCGGAGGCUGUGAGCUCGUUCCCUCUGCAACAGUAUCGAGACCGCGUCAUAGCCCUGGACGCAUCCAUUGCCAUUUACCAGUUCCGCACGGCCAUGCCGAAGAUCUUCAACCGCAACGGGGAGAACAUCAGUCACUUGCAGGGGCUGUUUUACCGGACGCUGCAUCUCCUGGAAAAUGGCAUCAAACCGGUGUUUGUGUUUGACGGGCGGCCCCCUGACCUCAAACAGCCACUGUUGGCCAGGCGGGCAGAGGCUGCCAGGGCUAGGAGAGACGCUGCAGAGUCCCGCCUGGCUGAAAACCUGCAGCGGCCCCUGAAGCAGGAUUGUGAGACCCUGCUGAGCUACCUGGGUGUGCCAUGUGUGCAGGCUCCGGCUGAGGCAGAAGCCACCUGUGCAGCUCUGGUGAAGUCUGGCAAGGUUUGGUGCACGGCCACGGAGGACAUGGACGCGCUGCCUUUCGGGAGCCUCCGCCUGAUCCGCCACCUGAGCGCCAAGAAAAGCUGUGAAGUGGAAGAGUUUUCCUUGCCUGCCAUUCUGCAGAAGCUGGGGAUGACUCAGGAGCAGUUCGUGGACCUGUGCAUCUUGCUGGGCUGUGAUUACUGUGGGAAGAUCUGGCGGCUGGGCCCCAAGAAGGCCCUCAGGCUGCUGCAGCAACACGGGACCAUCGAGCAGGUUCUCCAGAACAUCGACCCGCAGAAGCACCCGCUGCCCACCAACUGGGACCUGGAGGGAGCUCGCAGGCUCUUCCUGCAGCCGGAGGUGGCCGACCCGGGCCAGAUAACGCUGGAGUGGCAUGACCCCGACCCGGAGGGGCUGGUGCAGUUCCUCGCCCGCGAGAAGCACAUGAAUGAGUCGCGGGUGUGCCGGCGGCUGCAGCGGUGGCAUGAGGCCCAGCCCAAGCCCAAGGAGGCCCAGCCCAAGCAGCAAGUGCCCCGGGAGGGCAGGAGGCAGCGGAAGCUGGGCGAUUUCUUCCCAGCCAGCAAACGGGCACGUCCGCCGGAGGUGCCCAGCCCCCGGCCCAGCAGGAAGAGACAGAAACUGCAGGCAGGGACACCCGGAAAAGCGGGCAGCCCGGAGCCGGGGAAGUGAGAGCUGAACCUGAUGGGCACGGACGGAACCAAAUCGCCUCGACUUUAAUGCCCCGGUGCAGCCCACGCUCCAGCAUGCAAUACGGCCCAGUGAGGCACUGAAUGCUGGGAGCUGCAGUCUCUGCCGGCCGCCCACUGGCACUGGCCUUAGGAGACAGCUGCAUGGCCUGUGGCCAGGGUGCAAAGUGCAGAGUGUGUGUGUGUGUGAUGAGGGGCAAGAACAACCGGCUGGACAGGUUGGUUCAGUACCCCCCUCCUGAGAGCGCCAACAGAUUUUGUGGGUCGGGAUUGAGGGGCGCCGGCAGAGCCGGGGGGAGCCCGGGGCUGGGUUAGGGGGCUGCGGGUCGGGAUUGAGGGGCGCCGGCAGAGCCGGGGGGAGCCCGGGGCUGGGAUAGGGGGCUGCAGGUUGUGAUUGAGGGGCGCCAGCAAUCUAGGAUGGGGCAGUAACACAGUCCCUGCUCGCUCUGUGCCUGGUAGCUGCAAAUUGAGGCCAAAGUUGGCCGCCUUUCAGAACUCUCUCAGGUUUCUGCUGCCAGGCCCAGCACUGUGGUAUCGGGGCACCAGGGGCACAGAGCCACUAAGCGACUUGCCCAAGGUCACACAGGAGGCUGUGGCAGAGUCAGGAUUAGAACCCAGCUCUCCAGAGCCUCUCUCCAGUGCUUGGAUCACAGGCCCGUCCUUCCUGCUGGCCUGGCCCCAGCGCCAGGGGGAGGAGGGCAUUGGAGACAGUCCGACAGGAGCUCUGUCCCUCGACUGCCUGUUUCGGGUACCCAUGGGAGCAGAAUGGGGAUGGGGUUAAGGAAGGGAAGAAUGAGGGUGAAUAUCAGGAGUGACUCCGCGGCUGGGAGAUGGAUCCGGCUGUGGGAUCGUCUGCCAGGGACAUUUCAAAGCAGGCCGGACUGAGGAGCCUGGCCGGGGGGCACAAAGAGCAGGGGAGAUGUUCUGUCUCGGGCUGGCGCUCCAGCUCCCAGGCGUCAGGUGGUAUCUGAUGGGGCCGGGAGCUUGCGCCCAGCUGCUGCAUAGACGUGCCCGCUGCGGCUCUCCCGAUAUCUCCGCCCUGGCCAGCCCAACGGGGCACCGGGACACCGUCUCCUGUUCUGUUCUGGGAGCUCAGCAAUAAAGUCAGAGGUGAUACA